CUCACAGAGAGUGCACUGUUAGAGAACAGAAAAGCAGACUGAGUGUUAUCAGCCAGCGUAGGUAGAUCACCGGACAAUCACCACUGCUACAAGUCAGAACAGAGGGAAGGAGUGCGAAACAGAGAGGGAGAUUCACACGUAAGAGGAGAGAAGAGGAGUUUAGCAGGAGAGUGUUAUGACUGGCAACAGGAGCUUGUGGUAGCCAGGAAGAGGGCAGCCAAGCCUGAGGAGAUGCUAUGAGGAAGAGUGCCAAGUGAUGGAGCUUGAAGCAGCCAGAAGGCGGGCGCAAUUAGUCAGAAUGGACGACCAGGACAGAGUAAGCCAAGCAUCCAGUGUGGCCACCAUUUCCUACUUUCCUGUCAUGAAGGAUAGUGAUGGAAGGGUUCAAACAUUUGGGAAAAGAUGCCAGGCUGCCAAGAGAGACCCCAACUGUCCUGUGGUCAUCAGAGGAUGGCUCAACAAAAAAGAUAGCUCUGGUUUGAAGCUGUGGAAGAGAAGGUGGUUUGUCCUCUCCAACUACUGUCUGUUUUACUAUAAAGACAGUAGAGAGGAAUCUGUGUUGGGCAGUAUUCCACUCCCAAGCUACAAAAUCCUGUUCUGCACACCGCGAGAAUGCAAGAACAGAAAGUUUACCUUCAAGGUGGUGCACCAGGGAAUGCGCUCUUAUUUCUUCAGUGCUGACACUCAGGAGGAUAUGUUAGGGUGGGUUCGAGCUCUUAGCCAGUCUGCUACAAUGGAGCCAGACAGCUCCCUGAACAGGCGUUGCUCAAGUUAUCAGGAUUUCACACAGAUAGGAGGCAGCAGUGAAUCAGUGGACUUCCCUAAACCCCUUUCUGAUGGAGAGGAUCCCUCCCAAAAACACAGGCACGUCAGCAGGACUUUGAGUGAACCAAGUCAUCUCACCGGUGGGAGGAUGGGGACGUCGCACUCAGAGCACAGGGGGAAGCGAAGCGUGCGUCAGAGAAACAGCAGAACACCCAGUCCUCCUGAUUUUAGCAGAAGAAGAGCUUGUGGUCCAGAUCAAGAGGAAGAUUCACUUCCAGGCCAAAACACACACACAGAAAUUAUGGGAACAGGAUCGUUGACCUCAAGAGGUCAGCUGGGGUCACGCCCCCACACACCGGUGGGAAGGGUUGACAUUCGACCACACGAUGACUCGGCCAUGGUGCCGCAAACCCUGUACUAUGCACCUGCCUCACCUAAACUGGAGUUCAGAUCCACUCCCAGCACUCCAGGCACAGAAAGAUGGCAAAACCUAAGCAAGCCUACACCUACAUAUGGUUCUGUCCAUCAUAUCUCGAGUGGGAGAAGACCUUUAGGAAAGAGCUACUCUACAGGGGCACAUUCAGACUUACUGCCCCCUUUGCCCCCCUCAUCAAGAGCCGCACAUGCUCCCCACCCCCCACACCACCACCACCACCACCAUCAUCACCAUCACCGCAGCAAUUUAUCUGUUUGUGUGCUACCGCCAGCUAUGGCCCCAAAGCCUGACCAGAGGGAAACCCCAUCAAUGAGGCCUCUCGAAAGUGAUGCAGAUGCUGUGUUGACGAGGCUGUGUGGGUGUGACAAGCUGCUACAGUCUCUGUCUGUAGAACUGGCCCAGCUACAAAUGGAUAAGGAGAGCGUCCAUUGUGCGUUAGAGGUGUCCAGACUGCAGCUGGAAGAAUGGAAAAGCCAGGGGCCCAGGGCCCAGGAAGAAGCACUGACCCAGAAGGCUUUGCUUCAGGAAGAGCUGGUCACAAUCCGGGCCAGAAUGUGUGAUGUAUCAUUGGAAAUGGAGAGGGUGUGGAGUCAAUAUGAGAGAAUGGAGAGUGAACUGUCUGUUAUCCGUUCGCAUCUUCAGCACAUCUGUCACUUUGGAGUGCCACAGGAGCAGUCUCAGGCCCAGAGGGAGCUUUGGAUGAUGGAGGACAUCCUGGCUGGGUUAAAGAUCAACAGGGACCAUUUCCGCUUCCUGCUGGGACUACAGAGGCAUCAUACGUUCCAGCAGUCAGCUCCACAUCCUGGAUCCCCUGGCUCACCCACAGAGAGACUGCAAAGUGGACUGCCAAUGGAUGUGGAACAAGAACCACCUGUCCGCCCACCAUUACCCCAGGAGCUACAUGAAAUCCACCAGAGCAGGGAUCAGAGCCAUGGCUGGACAGAGUCACCAUAUGAGGGAAUCUACAGCCACACUGUUGAUCCAGUACAGAGAAGAGGAAACAGCCAGCCUGACCUCCUUAAUGUGAAAGCGCAGAAAGAUGCAUUUGAAUCUCAGUCUGGCUCAAAGUGGAUCCCACCAGAUCCGACGAACCAAUCAAGCAAGAAGAUGAAGAUGAGUGAAGAAGAGCAGAUUGAACGGAUGAAGAGGAAUCAGGAGAGGUUGACUAACCGGAAGAAACCCCCCAUAUCUGCCCCAGGCGCCCAAAACCAGAGUUCAGAGGCAAAAGAGGAGGCCCCCUUUCCUCUAAGGGUGACAAGAGUAGUCACAGCCGUACUGCCGUCCUCUCUAGUGGCCAGACGGGUUUCUGUUGAGGAUCCACCGCCUGAGCUCGACAACCCACUGCCUGAGCAGAUCUCUGCUGAGAUGCAGCAAAGAUUGGCUGAGCAGAGUAAAAAAAUGUUUAACAAACCACCCAGGCGUCUGUUCCUGGAGAGUCCUGUUCAAAACUGGUCCUCAGCAGAGAUGCACCAGGAUCAGCCCGUUAAAAAGACAAACAGAGAGCAGCAUCAGGGAGUACUGAGGUCCCCCAAGAAGGAGUCAUGGUCAGAAGUGAGCAGAUACGAAUCUACAGAGAAUCAUGUGCAGGAACGGCCCUCUGCACUCCUGGCCCCUGACAUGGACCCUGACCACUGUCCAACCCCUGAGCAGCGAGAGGCCAAACUUCAGCGUGUGGAACGAAUACGGGAGAGAGUCAUAAGAAGCGCAGUCAGAGAGAGUGCUACUACACACAAGCAACUACCAAUCAGUGGGGAGGGGCAGGAAGUUCAACAGGUGCCCCCUGACACAGCAAGAAAACAAAGGUUGCAAUCAGACCAUGAAUCUUAUGACGGCUAUGGAAGCUCUGGGGAUAACAUCAGAAGCCCUGCUGAACUUCAGCGUUCUAGUGGAACAUCUCAGGAUGAAGAUGAAGGUGGCCAUGUGAAAAAAUCCAAAUGCCAAGUCAAACUUGGGAACAAAACACAACACAAAGAUCACAGUGGACGAACAGGGGUUGCCAAAACUAAAAUCAAACGUCCGGCUUCACCCUAUCAUAUCUCAUCUAUGACUGUCUACCAGAAAGAUGGAGGCAAGGGAUUUACAAGUUGCAAGGAUGGAGAGCAGCGAAAGCUUGAAGAACCUUUGGCUGAUGAUGAUGAUGAUGAUGAUGAUGAUGAAAGUGAUUUUUCAUCCUCCAAUAUGAGAGCCAAGUGGUUCCUCUCCACCAACCAGUGGCAGGGGUUCAUACCUUUGCAGAUCCCUGGCAUAGACUCAUUGUGCCGUGAAGAGGUAUCAGACAUCGAGAACCAACCGGCAUGCACCGACGACGUGACUGAUUCAAAUGAAAUGUCAUCCACAGUGAGUGAAAGCUUAGAGAAAAUGAAAGAGAACCAUUCACUCUUCUAUAAGAUUGCAUGUGACAUUAGUAUUUCAGACACAGAUAUAACAAAGAAUGAUGGGAAUUCAAAUGCCCAAAUGUCAUCCAGGCCAGAAGAAGAAGAAGAGCUGCUGAUCACCGAAUCUGUGCAGGGUGACACGACCCAUAAUGUUGGGAGAUCCUCUAAGCAAGACAGCAAGAAUUCCAGCCUACGUUUGCCAUCAGAUGUUAAUGAGAAUAGUUUACCAAUUGAUGACAAACUUCAAGAUUCAACACUAGAAACCCAGGACAAAGCUGCGUUCAAUACUUCGGCCAGUCCAGCAAAAGAGCCCUGUGUUUAUGCAGAGAUCCUUCAAAAAGAAUGUGUAAACACCUCAAGAGAAGAAAGCCUGUUGAAGGUUAGAGAAUCCGUCCACGGCGCUCCUGUUCAGGACAUUGAUUCUGAUCAGGCCCAAGAUGAGUAUGCAAAGACAAGAGAAGAGCAGAGUGGAGAGAAAGAGUUAGAAGACAGGAAGGUGGAGACAAGAGAAGAAAGAUCUGAAGAGCAGAAGAAACGUAGUAGUUUGAGUGAGGUGAACAAGGAGCCAGUCCAAGAACGAGGCAACGACCACUGUAUCGCUCCAUCCAGCUCUGCGUAUGAAGGCGGACGUGUGAUCCGGAGUGCCUCUUUCGGGAAGGCACGAGUUACAGUAUUAAGGACAAGUUUGUAGAGGUAAUAACGGUGACAGCUUAAGGAGCUUAAAUGAGCGAACUUUGGAAGGACAAGAACAUAGUUAAGUGAUUUAUGGUAAAAAGAAAAUGCCUGAGGAGGAGGACGUUAAGUGAUUGGAGGUAUUUGGACCUAACUUUGGAUUACAAAUGGUAAAAUGGGAACAUACGAUAUAAGAAAUAAUCAUAAUGAUAACUUGAACAUUUCCAUUAUUCAUAGAAUGUGGUUUGAAAUGCAGAUUAAACAGAAGGUCUUAGGAAUAUUUCAUGAAAACAAAAACUAUGUACAUAUAGUGUAGUGUUGUUUUGCAGUUGAUGGUAAACACCAAAUACCUUCUUGCAGUCAAAUACAGGCUCAGUAUUUCAGGUUAACACUUUCAAUCCUCUCAAAAGAAGCAUCUAACAUAACACAGAAAUGAGUGCUUGCGGAUGGCAACAUAACCCUUGUUAUUGUCGGUGUAACAAAAUGUGUUUUGUAUCUCAAAUAUCCUGAUUAAUAAACAUGCUGUGUGUCUGAUAUCAA